CUACUUGAGGUUCUCUCCCUCUCCCUCUGUCCCUCCCCCCGCUUGCACUCUCUCUCUCUUAAAUAAAUAAAUACACAAAAUAAAUAAAAUGAUGUGCCAUACACACUCUACUUCAUACCUCUCAUAAGUGACCAAAGUCCUUAUGUGGCCUGUUUUAGGAAAUCUUGCUGUGGUGGUUAGGGUGGGGAAGUCACUUCUGAAUAUAAAGUGAGGCUGAACAGGAUGUGGUUCUCUUAUUAGAUGUAGCUAAACGUUUUAUGCUUUCUCCCCAGGAGUACAUACCUACCAUCUUCUUGGAUAUGUUGUGAUUGGCAAACAUGGGCUGUUGCUAGGUGCAGUGAAGGUUUUGCUUGGCAUUUUGUGCAUCAAAACGCACUAGUCAUGACAACGCUUGUUAUAAAGUUAAGGGCUCUGAGAUGACUUUUGCAUUCAUGAGCAUUUUCCAAACAGUAGUCUUUGGCAGUUCAGUAGCUGGGCAGCCAUAAACCAGUUUUACUAGUAUGUCCCCUGAGGCCUCAUAGAUAAUUCCAGGAAACCCUCCUUUAUGUGACCUCUUUCAUAUUCCUUCAGAAAUGAAUGGCUUUCCUGUGUGUCUUUCACAAAGAGCACAGGCCUUGGAGACUUCACAGAUCCCUACCUCUGUGAAGUAGGUAUCUGUCCAAGCUCAGGAAUAAUUCUCGAAAGAAGCUGGUCUCAUGGCAUAAGUAACAGAACCAGAGGUUACAGACUAUGACCCACAGGCCAAACCCAUCAAAUCUGCUCUGCAGAUGUGUUUAUUUGGAUCAUAGUGUUUCUUUUUUUAAACAUUGAAAUUAGUUGCCAAGCUGAAAAAACUGGGAGUUUUUACUUCAGAAAGUCUGCAUAUAUGACUUGUCUUGAAAAAUUGGAAAAACUUGGCCACGCGGAGAUCCACAGUUCUGCACUGGCUGCCAUCCGUGGAACUGAGAGCUGUUGCCUGGCGGAUGGGGGGAAGACUCCUCGGGUACCACCCCACUAUCGUGGUCUCCUGCAUUCAUCUGAGUCACCUUCAUGAGUCAUGACCCCAAGAUAGGCUAUGAGAUUGAGAAUAAAUGGUAUAGUGAAUAAUUAGGAAGGAGGCAGCCUUUUGCCUUUAACUCACACAAUCUCUUUGGUAAACAAAUGAUGCCCUUUAUUCAAAAUAUGAGGUGGGUUGAUCAUUUUUGUAGUCUGGAAACAGAAGGACAAUGAAAACUGCCUCUUUGCUGUGGACCUUGUCACAUUGCAUCUCUUCUGACAGUUUUGUGGGGACUCUUAUCGGUUCUGGUCAGAGGUCAAGUAGCAUUUGAGUUGGGUGGAAGGAAGCUCUCUAAAGUGGCAAAGGCCAAUCCUUAAAUGCCAUCUUGGGAGAACACAUCAUUUGUUCCUGGGCUGCCUCCCGCCUCCCUCAGAGUUUUGAGAGUGAGAUGAUCUGGACGAGACACUGCCUAGGCAGCAUUUUCGAGACAUUUGGACUACAAAGAAUGCUCUGUGUUUAAUCUUGCUCUGCACAGCUGCAUGGAAAAAGAUUGUUUAAAACUCUUCUUUAUAUUUUGUCUUUUGGGGGAACCCUGUCAGGAAAUUUAUGGCCGUCCCUUGGAAGUCCCAGUCACCCGGGAACAACUAAACCACUAUCGGAAUGUGGCCGAAAACGCUCGAAGUGAACUGGCGGCAACUUUGGUCAAAUUUGAAUGUGCUCAGUCUGAGCUUCGAGACCUCCGAUCCAAGAUGCUUUCGAAAGAAGCCUCCUGUCAAGAGUUGAAAGCUGAAAUGGAGAAUUACAAAGAAAAUAAUGCUAGAAAAUCAUCUCUCCUCACCUCCCUGAGAGACAGAGUUCAGGAGCUGGAAGAAGAAUCAGCAGCACUUACCACUUCUAAAAUUAGAACCGAAAUCACAGCUCACACUGCAAUCAAGGAGAACCAGGAGUUAAAGAAGAAAGUUGCAGAACUAGAUGAGAACUUACAAAAGUGUUUAAAGGAAAAUGAGGAGAAUAAGAAUCAAGUCUCGAAGAAUUGCAGGAAACAUGAGGAAUUUCUAGCUCAACUUGGUGACUGCUUAGAUCCAGAGAAGAAGAAUGAAAAGGCAUCAGAUGAAGAUUUAAUCCUAAAGCUUAGAGAGCUGUGCGAGGAAAAUGCAUUCGUGAAAGGACAGAUUGUUACUCUUGAAGAGACUAUAAAUGUCCAUGAGAUGGAAGCAAAAGCUAGCAGAGAAACCAUCAUGAGGCUGGUUUCAGAAGUAAACAGAGAGCAGAAAAAAGCUGCCUCCUGCACCGAGGAGAAAGACAAGUUGAACCAGGACUUGCUCCAUGCUGUAGAGACCAAAGAAGUUCUUGAAAGGGAAGUCAGGAUCCUCCAAGAAAGGCUGCUUGCUGGCCAGCGGGUCUGGGAUGCUUCGAAGCAGGAGCUGAGCCUCUUGAAGAAAAGAUCUUGUGAGUUGGAGAAGAGUCUGGAGGCCAGUCUGGAUGCGGCUGCAGCCUCGCGAACCCAGUACUCCUCAUUUAGGGAGGCAGUCGCCGCCCUGCUUAGAGGCAGCGGGGACACGACGGGGCCCACGGAGGAUGCCAUUGUGGAAAGGAUCCGAGAAAUGACCAGCCAGGAAGAGAGCAGGAAAAGGAUGGUUUCCCAGCUUGAAGCCCGAAUAUCUGAGCUUGUGGACCAGUUGGGAAAUGAAUCUGGGUUUCACCAGAAAGCUCUACAGAGAGCCCAGAAAGCAGAAAACAAGUUGGAGACUCUUCAGGGUCAGCUGACACAGCUGGAGGGAGAGCUGGUUUCUGGAGAUGUUUUGCGGGAUCACUUGAAUUUUGAGAAACAAAAAUAUCUUAAAUUUCUGGAUCAGCUCUCAGAGAAAAUGAAAUUGGACCAGAUGGCUGCUGAACUUGGCUUUGACAUGCGUCUGGAUGUAGUUUUAGCUCGCACGGAGCAGCUGGUCCGUCUUGAGAGCAACGCAGUCAUUGAAAACAAGACUAUUGCCCACAAUUUACAGAGAAAGCUCAGGACUCAGAAAGAAAGGCUGGAGAGCAAAGAACUACAUAUGGGCCUCCUGCGGCAGAAAAUCGCCCAGCUGGAGGAGGAGAAGCAGGUGCGCUCGGCCUUGGCUGUGGAGAGGGACGAGGCCAAUCUCACCCUAAGAAAGUUGCAGAAGAGGGUGGAGAGGCUGCAGAAGGAGCUGAGUGCGUGUCGAGAAGCGAACACAGAGCUCAAAGCCAAGCUGGCUGAGCUGCAGAUUAAAACUUUGGAACAGACCAAAGCCACUGAAGACCUAAAUAAGUCCAGAGACAAACUUGAGAAGAUGAAGGAGAAAGCUGAGAAAAAGCUAAUGUCUGUCAAGCCAGAACUGGAUACCGCAGAGCACGAGGCUCAGGAGGAUAAAGAGAGGGCCAGGAAUAUGAUGGAAGUGGUAACCAGCGAAAUGAAGACACUAAAAAAAUGUCUGGAAGAAGCAGAAACAAGAGAAAAGCAGCUGGUGGACUUCAGGGAGGUGGUUUCCCAGAUGCUGGGCUUGAACGUGACCAGUCUUGCACUUCCAGACUAUGAAAUCAUCAAAUGUCUUGAAAGACUGAUCCAUUCACAUCAGCAUCACUUUGUCACCUGUGCCUGCCUCAAAGAUGUGAUGCCCGGGGGAGAUAGGCAACCACAGAGUCGCUUAAAACUCCUUCAUUGAAUACCAUUUCUCUUGGGGGAGGUGGAGCUAAGAGAUGGGACACAACUGUCAAUUUCACAAAUUCCCCAAGCCUUUGACAUUGAUCAGGGUGUGAAUACCAUAUAUUUCGAUGACUGUGCGCGUGAAUCCAUCAUUUGCAAAAAAGGAUCUCAGAGGUGCCAGCUGUAGGUUAAUGUUUGACACUAAGAACACCUGUUAUUUUAUUUGCUAGCACUUUGGGACCCAAAAGAAGUCCAGUAGAUUGCAUAUCUAGAAUGGGCAAUGGUGGUAGGAGAUUAACAUUUAUGGGAUUCUUUUUUUAUGAGUCAGGGGCUUUACUACCCAAUUUAAUUCUCAUAAUGGUCACGUGGAGAAGCUUUAAUGUUUUAUUUUACAACCUCUCUGGGGCUCAGAGAGGGUGUUACCUACCCAAGAUUGUAGUUGGUUAGUGAUUGAACGAGCAGCCUUACCACGUUGGCCCUUGAUCAAAGGCGGUGCCUUCUCUGCUACUCUACACUCCUCCAGUUUCUCCUGAAAUCCUGUGAUCCUGGUGAAAAUUGCCCCCAUAAAGGAGGGCAAACAUUCAUACCUUCAAUCAAGUCCAAAAAGUGACUGAGAUUCAUGAGUGUCACGCAUAUGAUUUCUUUAAAAAGCAUUACAACUAAUUAUUUGGAUAAAACAUACAUAGGUCUGAGGUCCUAUGAGAAACCUACCGGUUUUAAAUGUUGCUGCCAGAUCAUAUUUGGUGGUAAUUUUUCAUGUUUGAACAGGGUUGGUCUCAGUCCUUUAAAAGUGAAACCUUUAAUGUGAAACCGGUAAGAUGAAGAAAUCCUGCCCAGGUUUACUCACCAAUAUAUUACAUGUACUGACAGCAAGAGUACUUUUUUAGGAUCAGGGUUUUAUUACAAAUUUCCAUCACUUUCUGCCUUCUUUUUAAAUUUCUAUUUCACAAGUAUUUUUCAGGAAACCAUAUUCUUAACUUUAUUGAGAAAAACUUUUACUUUUUUGGGUGAUUAUCUUAUUUUUGCCAUAUGAAAAUAUGUCUGAAAAAAAGCAUUGGUGUCUAAUUAAAGGAGGGGGGAAAAGAGAUUACAUUCAAACAUUAAGAGAAAAAGUAAAUUCUAGAGGAAAGAAAGGAGUUUGACACUUAGAGGCUGGAUGACAGAUCACACAGAGGGAGAAUGACUAAGGAUGUCCCCUGGGGAAUGGGUCAGGGUUGCCUGGCUUUCUCCCUCGUGUGCAAGGAUAGUAUGAAGAAGCAUUUGUGACUGAUUAAAUAUACCUGCACAGCCAUGGCUGAGGACAUGAGCUAGGGCUGCAACAGGCAGGAGACUUGGCCUUGUAUUUUCCCAGCGGAAGGGCUGUGGUCUCUGGAGAUCCCUCCCCCCCAACCACACUCCAAAGAUGCAAUGGCUACUGGUCUGGACCCACACUCACCCAGAGAGGUAGAGGCGACUUUACCAGUUGGGUCUCUAGAGGACUGAAUUGCUGAGUGGCUGUGUUUCAUCCACGCCAUGGAAAGGUGGAGGGUGUUUAGAGAUGGAGGGAUUGUUUUUAUACCUUCCCUCUGUUUUCAUUCUCCAAAUACAAUCUUUAGUGAACUUCACUUAUUUUCUCUGUAAAUUUCAUUUUCGACACUAUUCAGAGAUACUUUUAACAGCAUCACUUUAAAACCAUGAACUGGCAUAAUAAUAUGUUUCCAUUUCUGGUGGAAAGACUACACACGGCAUAAGAAAAAGAAAUUCUGUUUAUAUAUAUAGUCCAUAGACACAGUAACUAUUUGUCAUUCGGAUAAAUUCAAAUCCCUUAAUAAAGCCAUUUCUUUCCUUGUUGAAAUGCCAGUUGAUCGUUGGCUUUCCCUCUGUGGCAUUCAUUCUAGAAUUGGCAACCCAGGCUCACAUUUUUGUGUUAGAUUUUUGUUCUUCCAUAAUACCAUGUAUAUUUUAUGUUGUCCAAUAAAAUGUGUUAGAUUGAUGAGAUUUUCUAAAUAGGGCUUUAAAAUAUUUAACACCAACUCUUCUACCAAAUACACUUGAGUGAUAAUUGCCUUUGAGAUUAUUAUUCUGGUCAGUGAGACAUUUAAAUGGAUGCAUAAAACAUCUCAAUUAGGAUCAGGGUUUUAUUAAUUAGGGUUUUCCCCUAAUUCUCAGGGAAAAAAAAGAAGCCUGAGCCAUCUAAAUUUUCAGUUCUACCUUGUAGUCUGUCUUACUGAUGAAUGUGAGUGAUUCAAGGUCAAGGGGUGAUGGGCUGAAAAGUGGUUAAACAGUGUCUCCAUUAUUUAUAUUGUAAUAAUAGUUAGGACUUAGAAGUGGAGUUUAUUCUUCACUGGGAAGCAUUUCAUGGUUAUAUAACCUUGAAUCGGGGAGGCUCUGCCCGCUCUAUGCAGUAACGAUCUUAUCCACAUUAUUGCACAACUCCACUUAGCUUCUCAUCAGUAAGUGUGGUCUGGAUGCUUCUCUCUCCCCUAUGCAGCCUCCAUACCGUUAUGCCUGCGCCUUUGUAUAAAAACCAUCGCUCAUUUGAGACUCCUAUUAACAGAUAUAUAACUUUCUUCUGGUCUUUAUUGCAGUUACCUUCUAACAUCCUGUCUUUUCUUCCUACUUAAGACUAUUGCAGAUGGUUCAUUGGUGUCUUCUUCACCCUGUUAAGUACUGCCUUCAUCUUGGAUGACUUUGGUGCCCAUAAGGAAAACUCAUACAACACCCUAUCUUUAGUUUCUUGGCCUUCUUGACCCCCAUACAUUUACCUCCUUUAGUUUCAGCUACUUAAACCUUAGAUUGCAGUUUAUAGUAAUUCAACUUAGACUACCUUCAGUUGGGGCGCCUGGGUGCCUCAGUUGGUUAAGCAUCUGCCUUUGGCACAGGUCAUGAUUCCAGGGUUUGGGGAUUGAGUCCUGCAUCAGGCUCCCUGCUCAGUGGGAAGUCUGCUUCUCUCUCUGCUCCUCCCCCACACCCCGUUUGUGCUCUCUCUCUCAAAAAUAAAUAAAAUCUUUAAAAAAUUAUAUUUAGACUAACUUCACCCAAAGAGAAUUUGGUGGUGGUGGGGGGGCUCAUUUGAAAGAUUCAGGUAGACUAGCUUCAGCAUGGUUAGAUCCAGUGAUUUAAAAUUGUUAUUUGGAUUCGUCUUGCUUCUACCCAUCUUUCAUUUCUCCUUGAUUUGCUUGUCUUUGCAUGUUGGUCUCACUUUCUCCUUCUGGAGGUGGUUCCUCCAUGCUGCUGGAAAGAUGGCCACAAGCAGCUACGUGAUCUUUACAACUCAUAGCUGAGGAAAUGAGAGACUCUGCCUCCAACAUUCAGGGAAAGAAUGUCAGGAAAGAAGAGUCUGAUCAUCUCUUCUUGGUCAUGUACUCAUCCCUCAACCAAGCACUUUAGGCAGGGGAUAAACUCAUUGGCCUGCAUCCCAUGCCAACUCCUGUAGCAGAGGUGGGGUGGGAUGAAGUUCCAGGGUGAUCUGUUCAACCAAAAGCACAUGUAAUGACAGAAGGAAAACUCCCCAAAGGAAGAGAAGCUGGACAGGCACACAACACACGUCUAUGACACAUGGUCCAAUUUAGAAUCUUCUAAUCACCUACAACUUCUCCACCUCUGAAAUCUUCAAAUCUCCAUAAACUCUUACCAUUGCAGACCUCUAUCUCUUCCCCCACACAGUUGUUUUUUGAGUCUCCUUGGUUCUCCUAUUUUUCUCCCUACUAGCCUUGGCAUCUGGGGUCAGCAGAGAUCCUCUGGUUCCUUUCUUCAGUCAUUCUUUUCCCAACCCUUGAACUCCUUGUGCCCUUGCCCCUCUCCCCUCAGAUUUCAAUUAAUCCCAACUAACAAUGUUUCUGCUGCUUUUCCUGCCCCACCCGAUGAGACUGGGGGAAAUCACAGGUGGGCAUGCCAAACUCAGGUCUGUUGGUCUCACCUGAGCCCUCUGUACUAACCAGUAAUCCUCCACAGUGUUCCGCUUAGAGCUCACUGCCAUUUUCUGAAAUGACUCUUGCAAAUCUUUUUCUCUUCCUCAAGGCUCUUAACCUUUCUCUUUCUUCACUGUCAGCAGAUAAUCUUGUUUCCUAUUUCACCCACGAAAUAGAAGCCAUUACAGGAAAUAUCUUCAAUAUCAGAUCCUAAAAUAGCCUGCUAUGUGUGCACACCCCUCAUUGCCUCCUUCCCUCUUCUUGCCUUGGACUCAUUCCUCCCCCCGGCUGCUUGCAUCCAAGCAACCUCAUCCCAUCAGUUGUCCUCUCUUCAACCUCACAUUCAUAUGGCUCCUUUCCCUCUGCAUUCAAAUGUGUUCAUCUUAAAUCAGUCCUUCUACUCUGCAACAACUUCUGUGUAGGGCCUCACUUCCCUCUCUUUCUUCACAGUCGAACCACUUGAAAGUGUGGUUUCUAUGGCUGUCUUUCUGGUCUUACCUCUCAUUCCUGUCAUUGUCCGCGGCAGCCUGGCUUCGGUCACCACUUACCCAACUCUUGCAUUUUUUGUUAGCAAACCUCUGUUAGUUUUAAAGUGCUUGUUUUGCUUGAUCUUUCUGUAACAUGUAAUACAGUUGACCAUUUCCUUCUCAAAUCAUUCUUUUGCAUUAGCUUCCAUGAUGUGGCAUUCAAUUCAUUUUUUCCCCUCUGCCUCUCUGGGUUUUUGAGUCAGAUUAUUUUAAGGUUAUAAGAAACAGAAGUGAAAUAAGCGUUUAAUGUAAGGAUAAGUGUGGAUAUGAGCGUGGGUGGGAAUCUUGACCUCACCGUCAGAACUCAGUGAGGAACAAUCAUACAUCUCAGAAACCAGAAUGUAGUCGAUGGUCCAACAACUAGAGCGCCAUAUACAGGAUCCAGUGUGGCUCUCACGGCUGGGUGCUCUUGCUUAUCCCAUGCAUCCUGGUUUCCUUUAAUGCCAUGAAAACUCAACUUCCCUCUGUCUCUGCUUCUACUGCUUCAUCUGGUAUCUCAGACGCCUGGCCUUCAGAACUGCGUGACAAAACAUUUAUGUUGUGUAAACCAUGCGGUUUGUGGAACUUCGUUAAUGCAGCCCUGGGAGCCUAGGCCUCAUCUUACAAGAUUGCUUAGGUUUAAAUAACAUAGAGCAUUUAGAAGAUAUCCUGGCAUGUGGGGAAUACUUGGCACAUGUUAGCAAAUAAUAUUGCUAUUGUAAAUAUCGAUAACUAGUUUCAUCUAUUCUUGGGGCUUUAAUUAUCAUCUAUGCAAUGAUGAUGCCAACCGUUAUCUCUCUAGAUCAGGUUCCUGUCCUGAUCUUCUCCCAGAACAAUUAUCUCUCUAGAUCAGAUUCCUGUCCUUCUCUUCUCAUCUAUAGGAUGGUGUGGAGAGGACCCCUGUAGGAAUUGAGCAAGAGACUUGGGUUCAAAUAUAAGCUCUGCUGAGUGACUUGGCCCAGGUGAUUUACCACUUUGAAAACCAAUGUGCUUCAGGACAAGAAUAGGAAUAACAAGACUAGUUUCCUCAUAGAAGAAUCCUUAUAUAAGGAUUCAAUGAGUCGAUGUAUAUAAGGUGCGUAGCUCAGAACAUGGACGUCACAAGUGCUCAGUGAAUGUUGUUAUAUCCUACAGGUAUCUCACACUCAACAUAGGCAACACUGAAUUUGUAAUUUUUGCCUCCAUCCUCUUCUUGCCAAUAACCUACUUUUCUCCUGGGCUUCCUGCCUCAGCCAAUGGCCUGGCAUCUGCUCAAGUGUCUGAGGCUGGGUUUAGGGAGGGAACUCUGACUUGUCCCUCUCCCUCUUCCCACAGCUGGUGUCUGCUCUACCUCCUGUAUUCUCCCUCAUCUAUCUACUCUUUCUUCCACAUGAACACUAGUAGUUUAUACCUCAUUAUCUCUCACUCACUCAGACUUCCCUGGGUUCUGAGCAGAUGCUGUGAUUCACUACCCAGGCCCCCCUCUAGGACCGAAGCACUCCUUUUCAGCUGCCCAGAGCUGUUGGCUCUUGACAACCCAUAGCUGAGUUCCUGGCAAGGACUUGCCCUUGGCUGAAGGGAGCUACCUCAUCCUGGGUCACAGACUUUACCCUGAGGCAGUUUGUAUCUAGUGACUGGUCAAUGUGGGGGUACAAAGACCUGACCUUCUUUCUUUAAUUCAGAACCACUCUGAAGGGUCAUGUCAGAAUCAGAACUAUGCCCCCCACCCACUUUACUCCCCUCCUCCCCACAAAUCAGCCAAGGCCUCUGUGGCAACUUCAUCACACUUCAACUGCUUCCUCUGCCCGGUCUUGUUUUCUUACUUUCUUACUUUCUUUUCUAAGUGUGCAAUUCAACAAACCCCUGCCUCCAAAUUCCCAUCUCAGGGUCUUUCCAGGACCCUUUUUUUAGGGUCUUAGGUCUGUCCGACCUUAGACAGAUUCAUUCAUUCUCCUUGCAACUAGUCAUGAAAGUAUGAAGCCAUUUGGUGUUUUUCCAUCAUGUGGUUUUAUCAAUGAACAAGUGUUUAUUGAUCGCUUGGUGAUAUAGGACCCACAAAAACCAGAACAACAAUGAAAAAACCCCCCAAAUAUCUAUGACUUAAACGAUUUGGCUUUUUCUUUCUUUUCAGAAUUCUCUGUCGAGAUACAUAACUAGGUUCCAGUAUAGUGUUGAGUACCGAAAGAAGAUUUUAUUCUGUUUUUCCAUUUCCUGUUAGUUUUAGCACUGUAGAGUACUGAAGAGACACUACUCCAAGUAGCUUAACCAAGAAAGGAUUUAUUAUAGGGUAUUAAGUGGCUUGCAGAAUCAUGUGAGGGCUGAAGAAUAGACUUGAGGUUGAGUUUUCCAUAGCGAUUCCCAAAGGCACACCAUAGAAUGAAACGACCAAGAUUGCUGCUGCUACUUCUGUAGUCAGAAAGCCAGAGGAUCCAGAAUCUCAUUGAUACUACCAAGAUCUGGAAGCCACCACUUUUACUGUGCCUCCCCUCCUGCUGCUAACUCUCUUUCCUGCUGCCAUCUGGGCCAGUAGGAAAUGGAUGCCUUGUGCCUUGCCUCCCAGAAUCCAAACAUUUUGUGACUGUAUGCUGGGUCUUCUGCCAAUGAUGCCACAGAAAGCCACAAGUGUCCAUCACAUUGCUUGCCAACAGAAAUAGCUGUGGAGAGCGCCUGGGUGGCUCAGUUGGUUAAGCGACUGCCUUCGGCUCAGGUCAUGAUCCUGUAGUCCCAGGAUCGAGUCCCGCAUCAGGCUCCCUGCUCAGCAGGGAGUCUGCUUCUCCCUCUGACCCUCCCCCCCUCAUGCUCUCUCUAUCUCAUUCUCUCUCUCAAAUAAAUAAAUAAAAUCUUAAAAAAAAAAAGAAAAGAAAUAGCUGUGGAGUAGAGGUGUGACCACUGUCAUCUUCCAGAUCUCACACUCGGGCAUAUAACUGUCAAAACCCAAAUUGCACCUGUAAUCUUUUCUGGAGGGAUUCUGGGAAACAUAGUAUUCAGCUUCUCCAUGUCAGAGGUAUGCCAGAACAAUGUUUUUCAAGCUACUUGAUAAACUCUAAAAUUCAACUUACCCAGGGAAUCUUGACCUCACCGUCAGAACGCAGUGAGGAAUAAUCAUACAUCUCAGAAACUGGAAUGUAGUCGAUGGUCCAACAACUAGAGCGCCAUAUACAAUGUUUUUCAAACUACUUGAUAAACUCUAAAAUUCAACUCACCCAUACACACAGUCACAUUCACGUCUACCUGAGAUAAAAGAUUCACAAGACAAUGGGAUGCCCUGAUAGAUUCUAUUCUAGUCUUUGCUGUGCAAUUCAGUGCUACUCUAGGCUAUGCCACUUCAUUAAGAAAUGUCAAUCUUGACCCCCUAAGUUGAUUUCAUGAUGGGCUAGUGGAUGGCAACUAGCAGUUUGGAAAAAAAAUACUGGACCACAAGAAGGAAGGAGUGGAUAUUGAGUGCCAAUCAACAAUAUCCACUAUGCUAUACUGUUCCCUCUCCUGCCCCUAAGUUAACAAAAAGGAUUGAAGGCUGCUCAUAGAGGGACUUAGUGAUAUGACAUAGUAUGCAGUGGACUGAGAAUCAGGAGAAUGGGUUCCAGCCCUUCCAGCAGCUGUCUCUCCUUCUGUAAAUGAGAGCAUUGCAAUAGCUCUGUGUGCUAAUGACCCACCGGACCCAUACCUGGAAAAAAUGAGGGAAAGGGUGAUUGGUAUCUUGGGAUUUUUUUGGUAGAAGAUGGAUGAAACUCACAAGGUCAUCUUGGCAGCAAAUGCACUUGUGCAUCAACU